AUAUCCGAUCCAUCGAUCACCAAAAAAAAUUCACAAGUUGCGGACCAGUGGCUGAGCACUGUACUGCUGCUGCUGCUAUGGCGGCUUCCGUCGGGCUCAACCCUGAAGCUUUCUUCAGUAGCUCCUGCUCCUACUCUUCCUCCUCCUCUCCUUUCAUGGCCAGCUACGGCCCGGAGCUCCGGGCUGCCACCACCGUCGCCGUCGAGGCUGACUUCUUCGGCGAGCUUGAUUUCGACUACUCGCUCCCGGCUCCAGUUUUCACCGGCUCCGGGGACGAGUAUCCGGAGAAUAAUAAAAACAUUAUGAUGAUGUGCGGGAAUGAGGAGAAGAUUACAGCGCGGGUGAACGGGAGGAUUGGGUUCAGGAUGAGAUCAGAGGUGGAGAUCUUGGAUGAUGGCUUCAAGUGGAGGAAGUAUGGCAAGAAAGCCGUCAAGAACAGCCCGAAUCCAAGGAACUACUACCGGUGCUCGACGGAGGGGUGCAACGUGAAGAAGCGCGUGGAGAGGGACCGGGAGGACCACCGCUACGUGAUCACCACCUACGACGGCGUCCACAACCACGCGAGCCCCGCCGCCGCGCUGCAGUACGCCGGCGACUACUACACCAGCCCGCCGGGCAGCGCCGGCUCGCCGCCGUCGGCCGCCUAUUCGGCUGGCUCGCUGCUCUUCUGAGGCUGCGUCGUCUUCACUACUGGACGCCCGGGAGCUAAUUAAGCUAGGCUAGAAACUAGAGAGGUUUUAAUUACCUGAAUUAAUCAUCUUAAUUACAAACUCUGAUGUAUCAUACUCUAUAUAUCAUGAUUCAUGACAGUGAAUGUUUAUUAGUUUUGCCCAUGUUAUCUUUUUUUUUUCUUUUUUUGAGUUCGUGUUCAUGACUCAUGUAUUUUAGCAGAAAGAUCGACUGCUGGUUUAAUGUGUAAUUUUCAGGAACAGAGGGAGAAACACACUGAGAUGUCUUUUCUUCUCUCUUGUUGCUGAAGUGAUAUA